GCCUGCAGAGCUCUGGUGCCUUCUGCAGCAAUGAAGCAAAUUAGAAAAAAAAAAAUACAGCAGCUCUUAACUCUGCUAAUAGGCAGCGCUGGUGCGUUUAGGGCCAGUGUGUAGAGUGGAGGCUCAUCCCGGCUUGUUGCUGCCUCCGCCGCAGCUCCUGGUCCGCUGAUCGAGUGCUCCCUGCCCCGCAGCCUCCAUCUGAUCGUCACACAGAGGUUUCCCCCCCUGCUGCAUGCGUAACAUCUCUCCAAGUCCAGCCGUGGUGCUCACCAAGACCUCGCCGCUCGGAUCUCAUCCUCCAACACGGAAUACGCACGACUCACACUGAGCGAACCGCUGAGGCGAAAUUAAAACGCCAGGAUUCACCUCCCCGGGUUCAGUCCAGACCGAAGCGAGGCUGGGAUUUCCUCUUAUUCAUUUGAUAUUUGACAGAUCCUCGUUUUUGUGCGUGCUGUGCGUGCGCGUGUGUGCGUUGGGUGGAGUCAACCCGGAAUUCUCCAAAUUGGAAAAACCAUUGGCACAUUUCAGGAGCACCAUGAAGGACGGGAUCGCCAACAACAGCACGGCCAGCAUCUCCCAAGCCAGGAAAGCUGUGGAGCAGCUGAAGAUGGAGGCCUGCAUGGACAGGAUAAAGGUCUCCAAAGCAGCUGCGGACCUGAUGGCGUACUGCGACGCCCACAUACGCGAGGACCCCCUCAUCGUGCCCGUCCCCGCCUCCGAGAACCCCUUCCGGGAGAAGAAGUUCUUCUGCAGCAUCCUCUGAUGACCUGCCGCUAGAGCCGUACCGGUGCAGGCAUGGCGUUGCCUGGCUUCUCUGUCUUCACCACACCUGAAGCUACUGGCCAUAGAGGCAUUGAGUUAAGUUUUGCCAGGUGGACACUCUGUUGUUGGUCAGCUCUGUCCUGGUGGCUGAGGGUAUUGGGGGAGUCAGCUACCAAACUGGCAACCCAGUGAGCGUAUUAUGUCUUGUUAAAUAGGUUUGUUAUUGCUUUGUUAUUAGAGAACAGCCUUGCUCAGUGCUUAAUGAGAUGAGAGAUGUUUUUUUUUUUCUUUUUUUCUUUUGUUGUGCUAGAUCUUAACUUGCCUCAGGAGACAGACGUUUGCCCAGUGACCUUUUUAAACAUUUAUUCUCCUUCCCUUUACCUGGAUUUCUAAAAAAGAAACAAACAAAAAAAAAGAAAAAGCAUAAAUCUUUGUAUUAUCUUGAACAUCAUUUCAGUUUUCUCUUUUUUAUUGCUCUCAGUGUGCAGGUUUGACUGUUUGUAGCAACACCUACUGACACUAAAAUUUGGCACUUCUGUAUCAAUUAACCUUACUCAAUUUUGUAGUUUAGGAACAGAAAUCUUAUCUCAAAAUGGUGAAUAAUUUCAUCCUGGUAUAAGAAGGGAGGGAUUGUGCAUCGCUCUGCUUAUUGAAAGGUACAGAGCUAAUGUUGCAGCAGACAGAUUAGUUCUCCAGGGUUUUAUCACUGUGCAAACAACCCUUAAGUCAGAAAUUAUUUAUGAACCUGUCAGCUGUUCCCCAGAUCUGCUCUAACGCAGUCUUUACCUUUACCGCUCUGUUUGAUUCACUCUUCGUAUACUUCAUCCACACUGAAUCAGAGACUGCACCGGUUAAUCCUGCAACCACAGGCGGGGAAGAUUUUUACAAGUCGCAGGACAUGUUUUCCUCCUUAUUUCCUUAGCUGUCUCAUUCGAUUUCUGGGCAUGUUUCCUGAGCCUGGUUCCUUUUUUUUUUUGCCUGUCCUAGAGUGAAUGGCAAGGCCUUUUGACAUUAAAGCCAAACCGGAGGCCUGCAUGUUUCUCUGCUCCUUUUUGACAGCCUCCUCUUGUUUCCGAGGGGCUGCCAGUCUUUUAGAGUGUACAGUAUGUUACAGUGCCAAUUUCUGUGAGAGCAGUGUGAGCUUUCACGCUGUCGUCCCACAGCCUUUUUUUUUUCUUCUUCUUCUUCUUCUGUUUUUCCCCCCUGUUUGUUUUGGAAGAAAAAGCACACUGUCGAUAUAUUUCCUUUACAUGGGUAGUUGAAUAGCAUUUGCUAAUUUUUACGAUGAAUUGUUAUGAUUGUUAUUAAUAUUGUUAUUAUCAGUAGUACUAUUGAAUAUUUGUUGCACAGCACUGACAGCUACAUGACGUGUAGUGCUACCAAGCUUGUAUGAUACUUAGACAACAAAAAAAACAACAACAAAAAAAAAACAUUUAUAAAUCAUGCAA